CAUACUAAAGGAAAUAUUAACUUUCACUUAAACUUCAUAAUACUGCAAAUAAAAGUUUGUUUAUAUCGGAUAAAUGUUAUUGAUAAAAGAAGAAAGAAGGAAAGUAGUAUGAUUAAAAUUUCUUAAUUGUUGAUACAGCAAAUACUUGAGAAGUCACGAUUGUUUCCUUUGCUUACAAAAUUUAAAGGUGUCUCUGAAAAUCUCAGUAAUCUAAUGAAAAUGGAACUGUUCGUUAAAAUUGUUUGUUAUGUAUUAUUUUUGCCUCUAAUCAUUGCCCAAAAGAAGUCUUUUGAUGGUGUAGAGAGUGAAAUGACGAUUAAUGUUCGCCCUGGUUUUGUUGAUUGUUUUUAUCAAAGAGCAAAACCGCAGGAUAUUUUGGAAAUUGAGUAUCAGGUGAUUGAUUCAAUAUUUAGUGACAUGAAUGUCAACCAGGAGUUAGAUAUCAACUUUCAGCUAUUUUCACCUCAAGGGAAGGAACUCAUUUCUGAUUAUAAGAAAUCAGACGCUAAUCACAGGCAUGAAGUGAAGGAAGCUGGUGAUUAUAAGUUUUGUUUUGAUAAUCGACACAGUCUUCUGUCAGUGAAAACUGUUUACUUUGAUGUUUAUAUUGACAAUGAAUCUGCAGAUGAUGAUCAGUGGGAUGAUUAUGACUUUUCUCCUGAAUUGCUCUACAAUGACACAAUGGAUCAAAUAAAGAUAUCCAUUGCAAAAGUGAAAGAAUACUUAAAUGAAGUCAAGCAUCAUCAAGAUCAGUUGAAAGCCAUAGAAUCUCGAGAUAGAAAUUUGCAAGAGCACAAUUUUACAAGGGUGAAUCAUUUCUCAAUUUUAAUAAUUAUUGUGAUGAUGGUUGUUGGUGCCGUUCAAGUCGUCCUCGUCAGAAGCCUUUUUGAAGAGAACAGUAAAUUGCAUAAAUUUUUUAAAUCACUGUCUUGAUAGAAGUUUCUGAUUCUAUGUCUUAAAGUUGUUUUUGUUUAAGAAAAUGACAAAAGUUCUGAUAUACUCCUUGAAAAAAUUUAAUGUUAUUUGAUAAUGAAUUUUCGCAACAAUUUUGUUUCUUGUAUUUACAAGAAUCUGUAAAAAUUUUCACUUGCAUUACUGUUGUAAUAUUUAUAUUUUUGCAAUUUUUUUCUGAAAUAAUUUAAUUGUUUUAUGUUCUAGAAGAUAAUUUUUUCAAACACAUGUCAGCACAUGAAGGUUUUUUCAGACAUGUGUUAGCUUUUACAUGCAUAUAAUUUUAUUUUCAAAACUUGUUCUAUGUACAAAUAUGUUCAAUGAAGUGAUAUAUUAUCAUUCAAUGUUAAUAAAACAUAUUAUAAUAGUACUUGUAAUAGUGCAAUGUGUCUAAAUACAAUUUUUAUAAUAUUGAAAUCAUCUAGUGACAAUAAAACCCUUUUUCUGUAUGAAAAAUAUUUUUUUUAAAUGAAACAUUUUAAAAGAUAUUACUUUUGUCUUUCUCAUUGCCUGUAAAGAAUUCUUUUUUUUUUCCUUCUAUAAUCUGUCUCCGUUAACAGUUUAUCCCUAUGUUGAAAUAUUAAAUUUGCUUCAUUUUGUGUAUGUCUUACAAUCUAUAUUUUGAUGACUUAAAAAAUCUCUAUAAAUGCUCUUAAAAAAUGCAAAAAGUGACCAUAAAAGUGUAAAAGUAUCCUUAAAAGUGCAAAAAUGUCGUAGUCUGGCCUUAUUCACAAAAUAAAUCUUUUAGUUAGUCAUAAAUAAUAAUGAUGAGCAUCAUCGUGUGUAUGUUUGAACAUUUAAGAAGCAUUCUUAAAAAUAAGUUCUUCAUUGUUUCAAGUAUAAUUAAGUUAUUAAUACUUAAAUGUAUUGACUGAGAUUUCUGGAAAUUUUAUAAACUUUUGCUUAGAAAAGUGAAAUGUGUCAUUAAAUUGCAUUCAUAUGUAUUAGUUUCUAAAUUAACUUUUAACUUAAAAAAGGAAGUUAUUUACUUGAAAAAGUGUCACCCCCUACAUUUUCGCUUUUAGUAUCAAAUGCAUUUUAUGAAUGAUCUAUUAGUUUAGUAAUAUUUUUGUUAAAAAUAAAACUUGUAUGUAAAAUUUGAUUUUUUAAAAGACAAUGUUUAAAAAAAACCCCAAAUAUUACUAGAACUAAAUAUUCCUUUUCCAGUCUCGUUUUAUAUUCUUUUAAAAUAUUUUUUUUUUGGUAUUAUUAUUCUUUUUACUUAAUAUUUUCUUUAAUUUUAAAAAAAAUUAAAUAUAAUUAACUUAAUUUUUUUUAAUUUUUAAAACAGACCAAUUAUUGUUGCAUGGUUGUAUCUAAGAAUUGCACGGUCAUAAAUCUGCUCGAUUUGAAUUUACAGUCAAAUUCUGGGUAAACUUGAUUGACAAUACAACUCCCAACUUUCUCCCCACACUAAUUACAGUAAAAAACAAAAUACGUUUGAGGCAGAUUUUUAAAAGUUGCCUAAUUAGCCUGAACAAAGAAAUAUUUUUUCUAAUUAAUGUUUUAGCUAGGUUUUGACUGUAUAUUUUUAAAAGUGCAAAUGUCGAUAAGAGAAGUUGAAUUGUUGCAAUAAUUUGUUUAUUUGAUUUGUGUGUAAAGCUGUUUUUGGAGUUUGUUUUCCUUAUUUAUUUGUCAUAAUGCUUAGUUUAUUAAAUAGUGUUGUCUCUUUAUCUUAAGCCAUCUUUUGUUAGUUUUUUAAUUAUAUGAAUAAUUUUUGUUUUUACGCAAAUGUAACCAAGCUAAAAAUUCUCUUUUUAAUUCCGUAUUAAAUAAGUAUUAACUAAACAUUCGCAUAAACGGAGCUAUAAUAUUUCUUAUCAUGUGAUUUAUUUGGUGUUUGAAACAGCUCAUGCAAACAUUUGUUUUAAAAUUAAUACAUUUGAACCUUGGUAUCUCGAACUUUGAUGACACGAAUAUUUUGAUAUCGCAAAAAAUAAAUAAAUAAAAUAAAAUAAAUGAAACUGAAUUCCCUAUGCAUUUGCUAUGCUGAGAAUAAAAAAAAAUCUUUUAGUCAAACAUUUUUCUUGGGGGGCCUAAAGAAUUUGAAAUAAUUUCUUGCACCUCAUUUUUGCAACUUUUCACGAAGCUUUUAUAAAAAAAAAUGUACUAUCUGAUACUUAAACAUUUAAUCUGCCUUAACAGAUUAAAAUACUUGUUGAAAAGACGAGAGCAGUUGAAGGAAACCAAAUUUUGUAGAAGAAUAAACAAUGAAUAUUAAUCAACCUGAAUAUAAAUAGUGUUUUAAAGGAACAAGCAGACAAGCAUUGUUUCACUGAAAGUUACAGAUAUUUUCAUGGAAAAAAUCUACCAAGUUCUGUCUCUUUUUCUUAGAUUAUUUUUUAUUAAAUCAGAUUAAUAUACUUUUGGAAUUUGAAGCUUGUUUUUUAAUGUUACUUUUAUUAGAUUACCUUUCACA